GAAAAUAAAAUUCAUCUCUAUCACAAACCAACCAAGAUAGCUGAAUCAGUUCCUAUCGAUUUGUGUAAGUUUUAUCCUUAUCAGCUCUCAGCUCAUCUCUCCCAAUCUCUCUGAUCAUCCAGCUCCAUUCCCAAUAUUGUUGACAGUAGAUCUCAUGCGUCACGGCGUUUAAACGAAUCAAAUACCUUUUGAGAAUCAGAAGAUCUCACUUUAUGGCGGAUAUGACUGAAAAGGACGUUCCUUUCGCGGUUGAAGAUAUUGUUCAGACGCCUUUACCUGGUUAUGUAGCCCCAACUGCAGUCAGCUUUAGUCCUGAUGACUCUUUGAUCACUUACUUGUUUAGCCCUGAAGAGAAUUUGAAUAGGAGGGUGUAUGCCUUUGAUGUGAAUAAAGGUGAAUCUAGUUUGGUUUUUAGUCCUCCUGAUGGUGGAGUUGAUGAGAGCAACAUUUCACCGGAAGAGAAGCUAAGAAGGGAGAGGUCGCGGGAGCGUGGAUUAGGAGUAACCCGGUAUGAAUGGGUCAAGACUAACUUAAAGAUGAGAUUCAUUGUGGUUCCUUUACCUGCCGGGGUGUAUAUGAAGGAUCUUUCUUCAUCACCAAAUCCGGAGCUUAUAGUUCCAAGUUCUCCGAAAUCUCCAAUCAUCGAUCCUCGUCUAUCUCCUAAUGGCUUAUUUCUUGCAUAUGUAAGAGACUCCGAGUUGCAUGUCUUCAAUUUGUUAAAAAACCAGACACAACAGCUAACAAACGGUGCCAAUGGAAGUACUCUGACUCAUGGUCUUGCUGAAUACAUAGCUCAGGAGGAGAUGGAUAGGAGGAAUGGGUAUUGGUGGUCUUUAGAUAGCAAGUUUAUCGCCUAUACAGAAGUCGACUCCUCAGAGAUUCCUUUGUUCAGAAUAAUGCACCAGGGAAAAAGCUCAGUUGGUUUAGAGGCGCAAGAAGAUCAUGCUUAUCCUUUUGCAGGAGCUCUAAAUUCCACUGUUCGUCUCGGGGUAGUUUCUUCAGCUGGUGGUGGGAAGACGACUUGGAUGGAUCUUGUCUGUGGAGGAAGAGCGAAUACAGAGAAUGAGUAUCUUGGUAGAGUCAGUUGGAUGCCCGGGAACGUUCUCACAGCGCAGGUUCUGAAUAGGUCGCAGAGUAGACUGAAAAUCAUCAGGUUUGACAUAAAGACUGGUCAAGGAAACAUACUGCUGACUGAAGAAUCCGACACGUGGGUGAGUUUACAUGACUGUUUUACCUCUCUGGACUCAGUUCCUUUGUUGAGAGGUACAGGAGGAUUCAUUUGGGCCAGCGAGAGGACCGGUUUCAGACAUUUGUAUCUUUAUGAGUCUGAUGGGACAUGCCUUGGAGCUAUUACUAGCGGUGAAUGGAUGGUUGAGCAAAUCGCAGGUGUAAAUGAGCCGAUGAGUCUGGUGUAUUUCACAGGAACCCUUGAUGGACCACUUGAGACUAAUCUUUACUGCACAAAGCUGGAAGCUGGAGAUGCAUCUCGGUAUCAACCCAUGAGGCUUACACAUGGGAAAGGAAAACAUAUCGUUGUGCUCGAUCACCAGAUGAAGAAUUUUGUUGACAUUCAUGAUUCAGUUGAUUCACCUCCGCGGGUUUCUCUUUGCUCUUUGAGUGAUGGAACCGUGCUCAAGAUUCUUUACGAGCAGACAUCUCCCAUACCAAUACUGAAAAGCCUUAAACUCGAGCCUCCAGAUUUUGUUCAAAUACAAGCGAAUGACGGAAAGACGACGCUGUACGGCGCAGUUUACAAACCCGACAGUUCGAAAUUUGGUCCUCCUCCAUAUAAAACAAUGAUCUACGUUUACGGAGGUCCCAGCGUUCAGUUGGUCUAUGAUUCUUGGAUUAAUACAGUCGACAUGAGGACACAGUACCUGAGAAGCAGAGGCAUCUUAGUUUGGAAGCUUGAUAACAGAGGAACUGCACGACGUGGGCUGAAAUUUGAAUCUGGGAUCAAGCAUAAAUGUGGAUAUGUUGAUGCAGAAGAUCAAGUCACCGGAGCCAAAUGGCUAAUUGACCAAGGCCUGGCUAAACCGGACCACAUUGGGGUAUACGGUUGGAGUUACGGUGGGUACCUCUCAGCUACACUCUUGACCCGAUACCCUGAGAUCUUUAACUGCGCAGUCUCGGGUGCUCCUGUUACAUCUUGGGAUGGCUAUGACUCAUUCUACACCGAAAAAUACAUGGGACUUCCCACGGAGGAGGAGCGAUACCUGAAAAGCUCGGUAAUGCACCAUGUCGAGAACCUAACGGAUAAGCAGAAGCUGAUGUUAGUACACGGGAUGAUCGAUGAGAAUGUGCAUUUCAGACACACGGCUAGGCUUGUGAACGCGCUUGUCGAAGCGGGUAAGAAGUAUGAGUUGUUGAUAUUUCCUGAUGAACGACAUAUGCCACGGAGGGAAAAGGACCGGAUAUAUAUGGAACAGAGGAUUUGGGAGUUUAUAGAUAAGAACUUGUGAUUGUGAAGGUACUUUCACAAACAUUGUUGCUUAAUUUUUUUUUUUCUCACAUUCUUUUUUAUUUCUUUAUUACAUGAAUAAAUGGUGUUAUCUCUCAUUCCUAAUCAAUGAUUCGUUUCUACGGCA